AUGACGUGGAUAAAUCUGAUUGGCACUGCCAACAUUCUGGCAGGGGUCCACGGAAUUGCUGCAAUAGUGACCAGACGUUCCCUCCCUUCCACGUCUGCUCGCGAGACUAGAGCCUGUUUCCAUGACGAUACGACCAGUGAUCGGUCAUAUGCCAUCCUGCCCUCUAUUGACUCAGACCAACAAUCACAAUAUUCAGCUCCUAAUAUCUACACUGAGAAUGAGCAGUUGGGCAAGUAUGAGAUCAUGGAUGGUGCUCCAGUGAGGGGGGAGUCCAUCCCCAUCCGUCUGUUCCUGGCAGGCUAUGACCUCACUCCCACUAUGAGGGACAUUAACAAGAAGUUCGGUGUCCGCUACUACCUCAACCUCGUGUUGGUGGAUGAGGAGGAGAGGAGAUACUUCAAACAGCAGGAGAUUGUGCUGUGGAGGAAGGAAAAGCUGUGGAACAUGUUACCAAGUAUUAGCUCACUGGCUCUAAUUGGACUGCACUAUGUGUGUGUGUGUGUGACCAUACUAUCUAUUGUGUGACGUGUUCGUUGUACUGAAUACAAUUAUGCGGGGGCGUUGUGUGUAAAUGGU